AUGGCAAACAUGACUAUGAAUGGAUUUCUCCUCUUGGGGUUUUCUGACAUUCGUGAGCUGCAGAUUUUACAUGCUUUGCUAUUCUUGGUGAUAUACCUAUUAACCUGGGCAGGUAACUUCAUCAUUAUCACCAUCACCACACUGGACCAGCAUCUCCAAUCUCCAAUGUAUUACUUUUUAAAACACCUUUCCAUUCUGGACCUCUUCUUCAUUUCUGUCACGGUCCCCCAGUCAAUUGACAAUUCUCUGACAAAUGAUGGCUAUAUUUCUCAUGACCAGUGCAUACUCCAGGUUUUCUUCUUCACAUCUUUGGUUUGGGCUGAGGUGGCCAUUCUCACAGUGAUGUCUUAUGACCGCUAUGCAGCCAUCUGCUUCCCACUGCACUAUGAGGUCAUCAUGGAUCCUAGUAAGUGUAAGUGGGCUGUGAUAGCCGUAUGGCUAAGUGGAAGCAUCUCUGGAAUCUUGUACACAACAACCACAUUCUCUAUCACAUUCUGUAAGGCCAAAAUAAUCCACCACUUCUUCUGUGAUGUCCCCCAAUUGCUAAAGCUCUCCUGCUCCAAUGAUUACCUUCGAGUAACUGGAGUGGCCACUUUCAUGUCUGUGGUGGCAUUCAUCUGCUUCACCUCCAGUGUCCUCUCCUAUAUCCACAUUUUCUCCACGGUUCUAAGAAUACCCUCUGCUGAGGGCCGAUCCAAGGCCUUCUCUACUUGCCUGCCCCACCUCUUUGUUUUCUCAUUUUUUCUCUCCACAAUUAUCUUAGAGUUUCUAAAACCAACGUCAGAUUCUCCAACUGUUUUUGACCUUAUGAUUUCUAUCUUUUACACAGUAAUGCCCCCGGCACUCAAUCCUGUUAUCUACAGCCUGAGGAAUGAGGCCAUCAAGGGAGCUUUCAGAAAGUUAUUGUUGGAUGGAGAAUCCACCAGGAGAAAAAUAUUUUUGUCCUGGUGUUGAUGGCUGGACAAUAUUAUAUGCAAGGAACUUGUUAAAUAGUACUGAAUUCCUUCAACAUGUGGUGUUAAGGAAAAAACCAAAAACCAAACUCACUGCCGUUGAGUCGAUUCCGACUCAUAGCGACCCUUUAGGACAGAGUAGAACUGCCCCAUAGAGUUUCCAAGGAGCGCCUGGAGGAUUUGAACUGCCGAAGUCUUGGUUAGCAGCCAUAGCACUUAACCACUAUACCACCAGGAUUUUCGUGUUAAGGAAAAGCAAUAAUAUUUCCCCCCCCGUUGAUUAAGAAAGGAAACCCUUCACAUAGUUCUUACACCUUUUUAGUAAUUAAAACCAUUUGUUCAUUCUUUCAAAUUAAGAGAAAAUAAACAACUAUAACCUUAUAACGUAGGCCCGCUCCUCUCCUUUC